AGAGAGGACGAAAACUAACGUUUAAGUUGUAAAUGAAAAAAAAAUCAGUGAAUUAAGUACGACGGAGUUUGACGGCCGGCGGGGGAAAGAUUGGACUCACUGUAAGCCUCACUGUAAGCCUCACUGUGACUCAUGACCUCUGUCGUCAUCACUUUUCCGCUCCAGCGUCCAAUCAGAAUCAGCAAGUCUGGGUGCGGCUUUGACGGACGGGGGAAUCCUCCAGUAACACGUAACCAUAGGCGGCGCUCCGGCCACUUACGCGGAUGUGUUAUUGAAGGAAGUAUCGUUCAGUUCGCAUCGCAAUGAGUUUCCAUUACGGCCAGGGCUAUCCAGGAGGGGGCAACCCACCACCACAUGCAUCUUAUGGGCAGCCCCCUACAGCCCCAUAUGGAGGUGCAGGGGGUCAACCCGGAGGGCCUUACGGGGCAUAUGGAGGCCACGGACAGGGUGGUCAUUAUGGGCCGGGACCAGGGGGCACCCCGGGUGGACCUUACAUGGGUCACAGAGGACAACCUCAGGGAGGACAUUAUGGACACCACGCGUCUGCAGGUAGCAUGCCCCCUGGUGUGAACCCAGAGGCUUAUCAGUGGUUCCAGAGCGUUGACACAGACCACAGCGGCUCCAUCACACUGAGGGAGCUCAAACAGGCUCUGGUGAACUCCAAUUGGUCCGCCUUCAAUGACGAGACCUGCCUCAUGAUGAUCAACAUGUUUGACAAGACACGGUCAGGUCGCAUGGACGUGUUUGGUUUCUCAGCCCUGUGGGACUUCAUGCAGCAGUGGAGGAAUCUGUUUCAGCACUAUGACCGAGACCGCUCAGGCUGUAUCAGUGGCGCAGAACUACACCAAGCCCUCGCCCAGAUGGGAUACAACCUGAGUCCCCAGUUCACUGAGACUUUGGUGGGUCACUUCACUUUACAAGGUGGGCGGCCCGGCAUGCAGCUGGACCGCUUCAUCCAGGUGUGCACUCAGCUCCAAAGCAUGACCCAGGCCUUCAGGGAGAAGGACACGGCCAUGACUGGCAACAUCCGCCUGAACUAUGAGGAUUUUCUCUCUGGCGCCAUCACCAGGCUAAUGUGAGCCUAAAGCCUCUGCUUAUCCAGCUGCACCAUGGCUGGACAGUAUAAUCACAUGUUCAUACAUGUGAACUUGCCUAAACUCUCCCACAUGUGCCCCCAGCCUUUUGGCUUAUUUGUUUGCCAGUGAGCAUCAUUCCAGAGCCAGUUGGACUCAGCGCAGUAUAGUCUACUCCUUAGUUUCAUGGACUUAAAGGAAGUUCCGUAAUUAACAUUUAGUAACGAUGCUACUGCCUUUUCAGGGUGGUGGAACUUUCACUGCAGUUCAUCCAGUAUUUACAUAGGACACCUGUCACCAUAGAGAUUGUUCAGACAGUUUCAGUUGUCCAAUAGUUUCCUAGGUCAUUGGGCUUGAAUUUUAACAAACUGCAUGUUGUCACGUGCAAAUACCUCUCAGUUGCGAUACAUCAUUGACAAAGACUGUGGUGCUGUUUAGCUGACCUAGAAUCCAAAUGAAAUAUGUGUUCCCAAUUUAAGUGUUCCCAAAGCAAAUGUUCUGCAGGGCUAAAUCACUGAAACGAUAUUUACACAUUGGAAAAAAUCCAUAAAGAGCCUUAGGUCAUUUUAUUCAGUACCACACCCUUUAACUAAAGCCAUGUGGGCUGGAUUACAGAAGGUGCCUCAUAUUUACUUAACUAGUUAUAGCUCAUGCAGUAGCCAUUACCACAUGUACUUGGGGACUGAAUCAGUGCUAGACUUGACUAGCAUAGAAAAGAAAGUGAAGGACUACUAACUAUGCUUUACUUUAGUAACUGUAGAGUCACCCACAUACAGCCUUAACAUUUUGCUGUGCCAUUAAAACGUAAUGCACCUUUUUCAAUGCAUGCUCCCAGGGAUGCUCUAUUAACAUAGCGCACUUUGUUGUAAUUCGGAUAUGAUGUUUUCCCAACAGCGUUGACGACAGUGCAAAAUUUAGCAAAUAGGACCACUUGCUUCUAUCUUAUGCCUUGUCCGCAUGUACAUGGGUAUUUUUGAAAACAUAGCUUCUUCUACAUGUUUUGUCCACACGCGAACUGGGUCCUUUGGAAAACUCCUUCCAGGGUGAAGAUUUUGAGAACCUCUGUUUUCAGUGUUGACGUGUAGACAGAGAAAACAAGAGUUUUUUGCUCGUUCGCUUUUUUUCAGGCUUCUGAUUGGCCAACAUGGUUUUAGGGUUAGGGUUAUAUCGCCACCUAUUGGUUUGGCAUGCUCCUGACAGUGCGUGCAUUGUGUUAAGUAGUAUGUGUCUUUGCGUUUUCCUUUGGACGGAGAUUCUUUUUAAGUGCUUGUGUAGAUGAGAUUAUUUUUUAAGAAUGAAGGAGGAAAACCCUCGUUUUCAAAAAUAGCUGUGUACGCGAGGACUAGGCAUUUAUUCCACAUGCUCCCACAGGCAAGGAUUUUUUUUUUAUGGACGCUAUUGUACAUAUUUGAUUUUGACACAAUAUUUAUGAUUGAUGUAUUGAUUAUUAUUGCUACAUUAAGAGAUCAGUAACCCAAUUCAGUCCUUCUGAAAAAAAAAUGGCAACAAAUGUAUGAAGAAACCCCCCCCAAAAAAAACAAGGAAUUGAGGCUGUUCACCGACAUGAUUUUAGCUCAUUGUGGGGCCAACACAUUUUGUUUCUGUAUCAAGCAACCCCUCUUGUUUUUAAAGGUAUAUAUUUGAAAACUAAUAAUAUGCCAUAAAUUUGUGCCAAAAAUUAUUAAAAGAUUUUUA